AUGAGCUGGCUCUCGCAGCAGCAGGCCGCGCGCCGCGGCGCCCGCUCAGGGCCGCUCGCCGCGAGCGCCGACCUGGGGCCCGCUUCAGGCGGCGGCGCCACGCCGGCCGCUGCGGCACCGCCCGCGGCGCGGGACGCCGAGCGCCGCACGCUGCCGCGGACAACGCCGACAAUGCGUGGGUCUGGUACAGCGGAGCACCAUCAACAGCGGCGGCGCCGCCGGUGGUUGAACGGCACGGGCGAGGGCGGGGGAUUGGACCACGCGCACGCAUCCCAGGCGGCCGGCGGCACGCCACAGGCGAGCUUCCAAUUUGCUGGCGGCGGCAGCGGCUCGGGGCCGGGCAGCGGCGACGGGCCCGGGCCGGGCGGUGACGUCACACCUGUCAUCCAGUGCGCGCAGCCGCCGCCGCAGCGGACGCCGGAGUGGCCGUUCGGCCGGACGGGCGCCAGGGCUGUCGCAGCCGCUGCCGCUGCCGCGGGCGCGGAAGGCGGGGCGGCCGCGGUGCGCGAGGGGCGUGGCGUGGGACCUGAGCGCCCUCUGGCUGCAGGCGAGGUGCUGGGCGGGUCAGGACGAGAGCCUAUGGACCUUUUGGUCGAGCAGCACCAGCAGCAGGAGCAGGCGUCAGCCGGCCAGCCCCGGACGCAGCCGCGGGGCUUGGCGGGCCGGCAAGGCGACGAGGAGGCGACGGCAGCCGGCGGCGGCGCGGGGCCGGCGGCGCCAGGCGGCGGCGGCGGCGGCGGCGGCGGCACAGAUGAAGGCGACGCGGACGGCGGGGACGAGGGCGGCCCUCUCGGGCUCCUGGCGUGCGUCGUCCCCCACCGCGCCGUCUCGCAGUACGUGUGGUCCGUGCUCCGCCACAUCGUGCCCCCGCAGCUGCUCGGCAGCUGCCGCAACCGCGCGGCCCUGCGGCGCGGCGUCGACCUUAUUGUGCGGCUGCGGCGCCACGAGACGGUCACGCUGCACCAUCUGCUGCGGCGGCUGCGCACCAGCGACAUGCCGUGGCUUAACAGUGCACCCGCCCCAACGCCGCCAGCCAGCGAGACGCCGCAGCAGCACGCCGCGGCCGCGCAGGCAGGCAUGACGGCGCCGCCGCCGACGGCGCAGCAGCUGGGCAACCAGCUGCACAACCAGCAGCAGCAGCGCCAGCACGCGGCGCGCCGGGCGGGCGCGCCGCCAGGCGGCCCGCCGGCGCGGCCGGCGCCGCGCAGCCUGCUGGAGGCGCGCAAGCGGUGGCUGGCGCAGUGGGUGUGGUGGCUGGUGUCCGAGGUCGUGGUGCCGCUGCUGCGCAACAGCUUUUAUGUGACUGAGAGCGAACCCUACCGCCAACAGGUAAUCGUGCUCGCCCCUUGA